AUGCGUGUCGUGUUUAUAUUACUCUUCACCUUAACAUUAGCAAAAUACUAUUCAAUAUUCAUCCAAAGUCGGAACGCCAACUUUAAUCAAUUGAUGGACUCGAUCAAAGCAAAACAUCCAAAGUUCAUUCCAUUCAAUGCAACAAUGAACGUCCCACACAUCGACUUGUACUCCACUGACUUCCUUGAUAUGCUCCAAGACCAAAUGAUUUCUAAAAUGGCACAAACACUUUCUCGAAAAGGGAAGUGUUCUUUGUCAUCGACGAAAAUUGAGUCGACUGGUGGUAAAGUGUUUUUAAUAAUCAAAAAGUCGGUGUGUUUGUCCGAACUUGCAGAUUCUAUAACGAGCGAUUUGUCGUUCUUCAGAAAUCCAAAUCAUAUGAACAAUUUGUGUACUGCAAAGUCUCUUGCGUUAUGUCAACAAUACGGAGAACCUGAUGUGUUCACUUAUUAUGACCCAAGAAUACUUCUUGGCUUCGACCAAGACUAUUACACGGAAGAAAAAGUCCUCAAUUUUAAUGAUUUUGAAAUCGCGACGCUUGCGUACUCAAACGAAGACAGGAAUGUAAAAUCAAAGGAUGUCAUCAUCAAUGUAUUGUUGCGCGAUGAGUGGAGUACACUCUAA